AUGAAAUUAAGCAGGAUCGCAUGGCAUUACAUCAAGGGUUGGCUCAUGCUUGACAUGGGCGUGAUCAUGUUGGAAUGGUUCUUGCUAAUCGUCGAGCCUGAGAGCAUCUCGCGCGCGGUAACGCUCGCCCGCUCCGCCAAGAUUCUGCGCCUCAGUCGGUUUUUACGUCUGGUCCGUUUUGUGCGAUUGUUCAAGUUUAGCAGCCGGGUGUCGUACAUUCAUGCGGGCAGUUUUCAGUUGCAAGCCUUACCAACUGCAAUGGGCAUCAUGCGGUCAUUGGUGUACAUCUUGGUCGCCAGCCAUUAUAUCGCUUGUGCGUGGUAUCUUGUCGGGGGGCGCUACAAAAGAACUUGGAUCGACAUGUUCGACGAAGAUCACCAUGGCGUGCCAUACAGAUAUGCAACUUCGCUGCACUGGAGUAUCACCCAGUUCACGCCGGCCAGCGCGGAAGUGCAGCCAAGAAAUACGCUGGAGCGCGGGUUCGCCAUUCUGGUAAUCGUACUGGGCAUGGUGGCGUUCUCCUGCUUCAUCAGCAGCAUCACCCAGGCCAUGGGCAACUUCCAGCGCCUGCGCGCGGAGGAGCUCCAGAGGACCGCGAACAUGCGCCAGUUUUUCCUCGAGAACCAGGUCUCGUUCGACGUGGGCGCCCGGAUAACGAGGUUCCUUCAGGAGGCGGCCACGCACGAGAAGCAGCGCCACCGCCUGCACGAGAACGACCUGCCGCAGCUGCAGCUCCUGCCCGACUCCCUGCGGUCCGAGCUCCACCUGGAGAUGUACAAGCCCAUCUUGUACUCUCACGGUUUCUUCUGCGUCGCCAUGGAGGCAGACUCCAGCUGCCUCGAGGAGAUCUGCCACCACGCUGGCUCCCCGGUGAACGUGCGGCACCACAAGGACCUCUUCGAGGCCGACUCGGAGGCGCACUCGGCUUUCUACCUGACCUCGGGCACCGGGAUGUACACGCUGAAGUACACGAAGGAGACUGCCAAGGUCUCCGAGUGCCAGUGGCUGGUGGAGGCGGCACUCUGGCUGCAAUGGCGGCACCAGGGCACCGUCUACGCGAAGACGUCGCUGCAGGGCGUCCGCCUGGACUCCGCAAAGUUCCGGAGACCCGGGGGGUCGCCCAGGGGCGUCCGCUUCAUUUGCAUGAAGUACGCGCAAGAGUACCUCCGUCUCCUGGAGGCGCACGACAGCAACACCCAGGCCUUCAUGGCAGAGCUUGGCUUCGACGCGGACGUCCUGGACGCCAUGGUGCAAACCAUCUGCUUCGCGCAGGAAGAGGAGACGAGAUCGAGAUCGAACGAGCUGUCCCGCAUCUCCCACGGGUCCAUCGCCAACGCCAUGCACGAGCUGGGAGGCCGGGUCCACCACUUGAGAUCCUCGAGUUCGAGAGUAUUCGGCUGA